AUGCCAGCCGCGCCAAGCGACUUACUUCGGUCCACUGCGCGAAUUAUACACGCGCCAUUAUCCACGCCCCACGCGUCCCACCAAUCACAAUCGGUCUCCCUCACAAUCGGUCUCCCUCACAAUCGCCAAUCCGUAGCCAACCCCCUGACGAUUGUCCGCUUCUCACACACAACAACGACAAUCCCGCUCCUACAUUUACCGUACAUUUGCGCCCCUGAUACACAAACGCCAAAAAACAAAAACAUAAAACCAAAAAUAAACCACGCGCCCCACGCGCCCCACGUGACCGGCCUCUUGCCGUGCACGCCCCUAUCACAACAAGACACUAUCGCCGCGGCGCGCUUGCCUCUUUCGGCCGCUGCCGCUUCGGGAGCGUCCGUUUCCGCUUUCGGCACAGUCCGUGUGUACAGGCACGCCGGACGCAUGCGGCGCGCGCCGCACGCUGACGUGAUCAGGGACAUCUUGGGGAAAGAGCGGAAAGAGGGAAGAAAAAAGAACCGACUUCGAGAGGGCCUCUUCUCCCGCGGACGGGAGACAAAAGUCUCCAUUGUGCGGUGGAAAAGACAAAACACCAAAAGGCUCCAUUGUGUGGUAGAAAGACAAAACACCAAAAGGCUCCAUUGUGUGGUAGAAAGACAAACACCACCACCAGCACCACCACCACCAGCUACGGUCUCUAAGCAAGCAAACGCAGCUUAUAGCGGGCGCGAUAUUGGAAAACCACCAAGCGCCGGGGCUGGGCACCGGGAAGAAAAGGAGAAAAAAAAAAGGAAAGGAAAACAAAAGACGAGACCAGACCAGACCAGACCAGACGAAAAAAAAAGGCAAGUAGCACGGCGUGUACGUGUGGUGUAA